AGGAUAAGAUCUUCCUAAGCAGCUGAGCCAUUGCCCUGCUUUGGCUAGCUAGCAGUGGAGAAGCCUCCACCCUCAACCAGCCUUCAUCAUCAUGGCUUGCCAGUCAUUCAACAUGCAGAGCACUCUGGCAAGGCAGGUGGUAGAUGCAAAGUUCUCGAUCAGUUAUCGUAGAAAAGUCAUUCUUAGCCGUGGCAGUGCUCUGUGUUCAGUGAUACAAGAGUCUUCCACUGCGGCCGCAGUUACUGAAGUGAAGAAGGAAGAGACAGUUGCAAAGGAGUCUCCUCAGAAGCCUAGGAAACCCCCAGCAAAGUCAUUGCCGGAGAUGAUGGAAGAGGAAGUGAUUCCUGCACUGAAAAAGACUCUUGAGGCUCAAGAGGAUAUAUCAGAUAUUGAUAUCUCAUUUCAGGAUAAGAAGUUGGAAGGAUCUUUCCUGAAGAAUAAUGGAGUCCCAUAUUCCUUCUGGGCCUUUUUCCCAGAUGGAGUUUUGACAGGUCCCAAAGGGUUCUCGUUGUCGUCAUACGGAUCGGGAGUCAGCACGGUCGAGCCCUUCCUCAUUGAUGAAAGGAGAAUUGCUGGUAAACAAGUAGUGUUUUGGGUAAGGAAGAGACUGGCAGCUCAAGGCAUCAUCCCUGUUUGAAAUGAAUAAAGAUGAUUGCGAAUUUAACUUUGGAUCAUUGCCACUGUAUCUGUUCGAUGUUUCCGAUACCACAUCCCCCAUUUUGUUAUCAUAAAUGUAUUGAAAGAAAGGAAACGAUUGAAACUCUGAAGGAAGGAAGAAAAAUAAUGAAACUUGUGGGUGGUUUAGAAGCUUGUUAUCACUU